AUGACCGAGCCUACCCCGCCCAUUGAGAAUACCCUCGCUCAGGGCCCGAGUGUGGCGCCCCCAGCGUCCUCGGCCCCGCCCGCCGAUGCUGGGACGUCGGCGCUCGAACGGGUCCAGCUCCCGCGCAUUGCGAUCCAGUUCUGUACGCAAUGUCGCUGGAUGCUGCGCGCCGCCUAUUUCGCCCAAGAGCUCCUCUCCACCUUCAGCACCGACCUCGGCGAAGUCGCCCUGGUGCCCCGGACCGGCGGCGUCUUCACUGUCACCAUCUGGCAUGCCCGGCCGAGCUCCACGGCCGGCACGAUCGAGACGCAGGAGACCCUUCUCUGGGACCGCAAGCGAGACGGGGGAUUCCCAGGUGCGUAUACCGAUAUACCGAUUAUCCCCGAUGGUUGGACUGGUUGGGGGACUGGGGAGCGAGUGCUGAUGAAUUGUGACGCUACAGAAGUCAAGGCGCUGAAGGCGCUGGUGCGGAACGUGAUUGCUCCGGAGCGGGAUCUGGGGCAUACGGAUCGGGCGUUGAAGAAAGAUGCCGAGAAGAAAGAGAAGGAGAAGAAAGAAGCAGAGACGGAAGGAGGUGAGGCGGGCAAGAAGGAGUGUGAGGAUUGCUCUUGA